UAGGGGAGAAGCAAAUUCACCAAAAACUAGGAAUGGAAACAAAAUGGCUAUCACUUGACAGUUUGAGUCCUGGGCCUAAAUCUUAGCCAAGGGAACUCGACAGUAUGAGUUCAGUGGCUCAGAUGUUAAGACAAGCAGAUGCUUUGAAGUCCAGUGUUUCCGAUACAUCUAAGACAAUAUCAGAGACAUGGGUUAGUCGACAACGUCUUGAGGACAUUUACAAAAAGGUUCUCCUGACUGAUUUGGAGUAUGCACUGGACAAAAAGGUGGAACAAGAACUAUGGAACUAUGCGUUCAAAAACCAGAUCAACAGCCUUCAGUCUCAAGCCAAUGAUAAACAGAAUGUCAGUCGAGCAGAGGUACAGGCAACACUCAACGUGUUCUUGGAGACUGCUAGUGGCUUCUAUCUUCAGUUCCUGCAGUUGCUGUGCUCCACAUUCAAGCUUGACCUGCCCUUCAGACGCAAGGCUGCCUGCUAUGGGGUCAUGAAAGAAAAGUCAUUAACAAAGCUAAAGGUGACCCCUCCAAAGAAGAGCUCCUGUUUGUAUGUCUGCCAACACUGUCUGGUGCACUUGGGCGACAUUGCUCGCUACAGACAGCAGAUAGACCAGGCACAGACGUACUACUGGCAUGCAGCAUCGCUGGUACCUUUCAAUGGUCAACCCUACAAUCAGCUGGCUAUCUUGGAGGCGUCCAAAGGGAACAAACUCUCCACGGUCUUCUACUACAUUCGAAGUCUUGCUGUGAAGGUGCCGUUCUCUGUGGCUGCCACCAACCUGGAGAAGUUGUACUCUAAAUUGACCAAGGACAUCCCGGAUUUCAAAGGUCGUCUCUCAGCGAGUGAAAUGAUCACAGGCUUCCUACAGUUUCAUGCCCUGGUGCAUCUUUGCACAGACCUGGUGAAAGCGGCAGAAAUCUCCGACAAGCUGGCAAGCGGUCUGCCCGCCCAUGUGACCUCGCAGAGUUUCCCCUGGCAGGUUCUCGUGCACAUCGUGGCCAUCAACAUCUUCGCAAUGCACCAUGUACAGCAUGUGAGCGCAGGGGACGCCCAGUCAGGGGUCCCUAAUGGCGACUCAGGGGAACUCACUGAUGACGAGGAGACCUGUUUUAGUCUCGUGUUCACUCUGACGGUGUCGAUGCUCGACAUUCUGCUACAGUACACUCCAAAACAAGAGACAAAAGUGUGCGAGUAUUUCACGCUACCUGCUGUGAAACUCAUCCUAGAUUGGCUCAAACUCAACCCCCAGAGCUUUGAUAGACAUGUCCUGAAAACCUCAACGUUAUGGGGCAACCUCAACAAAGUGUUAAGCAGUAUACAAGUGCAGCAAGGGAAACUUGAGGCUGAUGUUACAAAAUACGAAGAUUUCCCAUUACCCGAGGAUGCAGAGCUGCGCUGUUUUCAGCCAAUAGAGAAGGCCCACAGUUGCUAUAGUUACAGUAAGCUGCCCCCUGAAGGCCUGGCCACGGAGAUCGAGACUCAGCUAAGAUGUCACAGGCUACUGGAGCACGGUCGCUGGAUCAGCCAGCAACACAGCAAGCUGAAUUUCUCAGUGAAAACAGUAAAAGCUGAGGAGGGUGUAAGUGUGUCAACGUCAACCAUAACCAAGACAACCAAGACUGUGACCCUGGCGAUUCCUAGCGAUCACAACUCGGAAAACAAAUCUACGAUGAUGCUUGGUCCCAGCCCAGAAAGAAAGUCAAGACAGAAUGUGGCCAUUCAGGCCAUCAUGCAAAAACAAGCCCAGCAAGACAAUCUGAAGAGCGGAAAAUCAGUGAAAGACGAGCCCAACUCGCCCAAGUAUCUCCUGGGUGCACCCACGACUGAGCCCGUGUUCUUCCGGUCCCCAGGGGGCAGGGUUGGUGCCCAGCCUACGCCAUCACCACAGGCUGCCCAAGUACCAGCUAAAACUGUUGGGAGUGGUGUUCACACUGGGGGUGUAUUGGUUCUGAAAAACAAUGAGCAUCUGGCUCCCAGCAAGCCUGCCUCACAGACUGAGAAGGCCUGGAAUCAGCCCAGACAGGCCUCUGCAGGGUCGUCGUCGUGGCAACAAGGGAAGUCACCCAGUGACAAGCAGACAUGGACCAGCUCUCCGCAAGGUCAAGGUCCCCAGGGUCAAGGGUCUCCAUGGCAACAAGGUCAGUCAUCCGGGCCACGACCCCAGCUUUCACCACAGGCAGGUCAAGGCCAAUGGUCAUUUACUGGGCAACCAGGCUAUUCCAGGCAGGAAUUCAGGCCCCCAAGGAUGAACCCAGCAAACAAUCAGCAAGCCCAAAUGAGUUCCAUGUUCCAACAGAGCCCCAACUUACGGCCUCCAUUUAACCCGAUAGGCUCCCAGCCUAAUGGCCCUAAUGUUGGCCUGGAAAUGUAUGACAGCGAGAAUAGUUCUGUGGGUAGGGCACAACAAGGGGGCCAACACCAACACACAUCUGGAAACAUGACAGGGCAGGGGGCGUCGCCCUUUGGGCCAGGAAACAUGGGAAAUCUGGGAAUGCACCUUGGAAUAAACAUGGGUAACAUGAUGAGCAAUCGACCCAUAGGGCAGCCUGUGAAUAGCGGUUCACUCUCAGAUCAUGGUGGUGUUUUUCCUCCCACAAGAAUGGCAGAAGAUGGGAUGGGAAAUGGAGGGAUGCCAAAUCUGUUUGGUUCUGGUUUUCCCCCACUGUUCCGUCAUCCCCCACCUGGUAGCCGGUUCCCGCCUCCACCAAACUACAACAGCUCCCCUGCAGAGUUCUCACCAGCCGGCUCCCAGCCCGGCAACACUCAGUCUGGAGUGCAGGGCCCUAGGGGCAGUAAUAUGCCAUUCACCACCAACAACGGUUUCCCUGGAAACAGUUUUCCUCAUGCCCCUGGGACGGAGCGAACCCAAGCAGUGAGGGAGUCAGCCCAACAGCCCCCGCCCCCUGGCCCAAUGAACUACCAGCAGAACCAGUACAUGAACACAUUGCCUGGUUUCCUGGGAUUGCCAGGCAACCAGAUGAAGUCACCACUUGAAAGUCUGUUUGGUAAACCGAGAUUCCCCCAUGAGGACCUGUCCUCCAACAUGGCAGAAAUCCUCGGUACCAUCAGCAAAAUGAAUAUGCAGCAACCACGUGACAAUAUGUUACCCCCACAGAGAUCUGGCCUUUCUGCUUACCAAGGGCAUACAGAGGGCACAUCAAAAGCUGAAAACUACUAUCAGCCUCACAGAGGUGCACCAGUUGUAAGCGUUGAUCUAGAUAUUCAAGUCUGUGAAGGUCUGCCACUGCCUUCAUCAACAGCGUCAACGCCAUUGUCAGUCAUGUCUGGAGGCGGUCUAGGACAACAUCAGCAGCAGCAGCAGCAACAACAACAACAGGGGACCUACUCGCUGUUUAGUGGGUCACCAUGGCUUACUUCUGCUGACUCAAAAAGUCUUGGGUCAUCCCCUUUUUCAUCAGAGUCGAGCAGUAUCCGCAACUCACCUGACCCAAAUGGGGACAACUUCGGAGGGGACAUCAAAUCAUCCCAGGUAUUGGAUAUGGGUCUGAGGUUUGGGUCAAUGGAAGAGCGAGGCAGUAAGAUGCCACUAGACUUGCAGCAACAGCAUGUACAGGCCCAGGCUGGGCAGUUUUUCCAGAGCAACGUCCAGUCACUGUGGUCGAGCCAGUCUAUGAAUCCACUGGAGCGUUUGCUGGAAUUACAAAAGCAGCAGAGACACAAUGACCCGCACUGAAAGUGACCUGAUCGGUCACCCCGAUGGAUCUAAUCUAACGCAUUGGAGUCAUUGGAAUUUCCUUGACGACUCGCAGAAACGAUGACAGGAUUACGAUAAUCAACCUGCCGCUAACUUCUGGUGGAAAUCAACGUAUUCUUGAAGUAAUAACCAAUAACAAAGAAGUUGUUUAUUUGUUUUUAUAUAGAAUUUGGACAUUGAACGGGAAAAAUAGUAAAAACUGAAACGUCAAUGUAGUACAGACAUGUAGAUGCUGAAACUGAAUAAGAAUCGCAGCCUCGUAAGGAAAUGGAAAAACAGUAUGUGUGGAUUUCAUGUGUGUUGUUUGCAUAUACUUGUGAAACUAAUAUUGCCUCAGAUAUCCCACUCAAACAUACAAUUUCUGAAUGACAAAGUCACAUAUUACAAAAAAACAAUCUAUGAAAGACCAAGUCACGUAAUGCAAGAAAUAGAAUUUUCUGAAUAAUAAAGUCAAAUAUUCGAAAUUCUGAAAAACUUAGCCAGAUAUUUCAAGGAAACAUACAAUCUGUGAAACGAAAGACUACUAGUGACCAUUUUCUCCUUAAAUAACACAGUCUUCGGCUGUAUUCUCAGAGCAAAAAGAGUCGUUCAUUCAGAAUUAAUGGAUCGAGGCUGUGAUAUUAUUGAGAAGGAUUUUAUUGCUUGUUUGUUUUAGCCAUGUGUAUUAUUAUAUGCAGAAAAGAGACUGUGUUACAGUACUGUAUUAUAUCUACUCAUUGUAGCGUAAUCAUUAUUAUUUUGUUUUUUAAAGUCAUUCUGCUCCCUAUUUGCAUUUAAAUAUUAUCUCAGUUUAAAUCUCUAGUACCUAAUAUACCAAUCCUAACCUAUGCAGAACGUUCGUGUUUUACAUUUUUGUUUGUGUGAAUGUAUACUGCAGACUAUGAAAAAAGAUUCCUUACAAUUUCCUGCCAUGCAGAAAAAGAUAUAUAACAAAGUGUUAUUGAUUUCUUAUUGAUGUCACAUCCAUUUUUGCCUCUUUAAAUAGCAAUUACUUUUCAAAACAUAUAAACUGGCAUGUACAUUUUGGACAUUUUUUAUCAUUAAAAAAAUUGAAAAGUGGGACAUAAUUUAUGCAAGUGAUUUGAUUCUGCUAUUAUAUCAACCUUUUGAAAUCUUUUGUGUGUUACCACAUUGGUUCUCUCGCAGAAUGCACUGAAAUCGUUUUUAGCAUUUGGCGAAUUUGUUCUGUAUGAACAUCAGUAAAUUAUAUGGAAAACUAAGAUUUAACUCAUAACAGACGUUCUAUAACUUUCAAUUGUGUAACUUUUUGCCCUGGCAAACACAUCCCCCAAUAUUUUUGUAUGGACAACUUAAAUUGAAAAUUAAAAUGAUUAUGUACAUUUUAAGCUGAUAUUCCUAUUAAUAAAGACUGUACAAUAAUUUCAAUUGUUAGCAUUAUAACUUGUGUUGAGUGCGCAAUUCUUUUUUGGUUCAACUGACAAAGCAUAGAUAUAGUUUACAUUUUGUAAUUGUAUUUAUGACAACUAGAUCUACUGCCGAAAAAAUAACAAAUUGUCUAGACUUAAAUUACACUCCGAUUGUGUUUUUUUUACACAUAGGCACUUAUUCAGUUUUAUGAUGGACCUGAGUAUUAUUUUUCCUUUUAAAACAAUGAUAUAGAAUCUAAGCAGAAACAAACUGUUGUUAAAUUGAACUGGAAAAUUGUAAAUUAGUUGCUAUUUUUGCGUGAUUUUUUUAAGGAUUCUGGACGCAAAGUCAGUCUUGUCUUUGAUCUUAAAGUUCCUGGUGUAAUAAAGUGUAUCAUUUUUCA